GAAAGUCAACCGCUGAAAGCAGCAGUCUUGGUUGUUCUGAGUGAUUGAGCUCUGGUUGGAGAUGACGGGUCAGAAGCUGGAUCUGACGGGACUGACGGACACCGAGGCUGCACAUGUCCUACAGGUGGUCCAGAGGGACAUGAGGCUCCGCAAGAAGGAGGAGGAGAGACUCUGUGAACUGAAGCAGGAGCUGGAUGAGGAGAGCAGUCGCUGCCUCCUGCUGUCGCGGCAGACCUGCUUCAACCAGCGCUGCUGCAUCCGCUGCUGCUCGCCUUUCACCUUCCUGCUCAACCCCAAACGCCGCUGCCGAGACUGCAGCUACCACGUCUGCAGGGCCUGCCGGGUCUACAACAAGCGGGACCGAGCCUGGCUCUGCUGCACCUGCCAGAAGAGCAGAUUGUUGAAGACGCAGUCCCUUGAGUGGUUCUACACAAAUGUAAAGAAACGCUUUAAGAGGUUUGGCAGCGCCAAAGUGCUGAAGACGCUCUACAGGAAACACCUGGCGGAGCACAGCUCACUCUCAGAGCUUACUGAGGGCAGCGCCUAUGAAGAGAGCAUCUGCAAUGAGAGCAGCAUCUGUGGGAGCGACUCCACUUUCUACUGGCAUGCUGAAGAGCACAGCAUGGAGGAGACGCUCAGUGUGGCCACGAGGGUUGCAGAGGAAGCCAUAGAUGAAGCCAUAUCUAACGCGGAGUUUGACACGUCCACGCAGGAGAAGCAGAACGAAGCCUGUUAUCUGCGGCAGCACAGAGGAGAGCUCAUCGAGGAACUGGCCAAAACUAUUGUUCAAAAAAUCAUUAGCAGGAGGAAUGCUUUGGCUGAGAUGAAGGCUGAAUAUGACGACAGCUGGCCCCUGGAGCACGCUGCUGACCUUCAUCAUCAUCACCAGCCUCCCUGUGACCGAGCCCCCAGCUGCCUGAAACCAGACCUCUGGAGGUCACAUGUGACCUUCAUGCCGAUGGACAAAGACUCUUCUGCUCUUGAACCUGAUGUUCCAUCAGCUUUAAAGAAGGAGGGCAGCGGCUCGGCCAUGACUGCGUGGAGUGUAGAUCGACUUGACAACUCAGUGCUGAAGAGUCCAGACGGGAACUGGAUCGCCCUGCAGAGCGCCCAGCUGUCCCGCCCCACCCUCCUCACUCAAAGGAAGAGCCUGGUCUACAGCGCCUUGGAGAAGGAGUCCAGAGUGAUGUCAGCCUACGAAGGUCUGGAAUCAGACAGUGAAAGCAAACCAGAGCCCGACAGCUCCUGGGGAGCCGUCCUGAAGGAGAUCCACAGGAAGAUGAUGGACUCCAACCUCCACCUGAACGACUGUGACAACAGCGACACGCCUCUGAUGGAGCACCGGAUCAGCAGAGACGAUCUGUUUUCAGACUCCGAGGGGAACUGGAAGCUAGCUCUUCUGAAGCGGAAGGUGCCAGCAGAGAUCAGGAAACCUUCAUCGUCGCGCAGGACCAGCAUCAUCGAUGUGAACUUUAACCUGACAGGAGAUGGAGAGAGCAAGGAGGAGACCAAGAUGGCUGCCGAACCGGAGACGAGGAAAAUCAGGAGAUCACGGAAGAAGAUGAGCAAAAAAGCAGCUUCUUCCUCUGUUUCGGAUUCCCACAACAAGGCCAGCUCUCCCCUUCAUCCUUCUGAUGCUGGGACUCCUGAAACCAUUAGCUCCGGAGCCACGACCCCUGAACCUUUUGACCCCGACAGUGAUGUCACAGGAAAUGGAAACAAUCAAACGGUCAAUGAUUUCACUUUAAAACUGCAUGAGUUUGAAAACAAAGUUUCUGAUUCUCCCACCGGAGAGGCGCCAGAUGAAAGAAAUAGGACUGAUGAGGAGGAGGAGGAGGGGAGGGGUCAAGGAAGGCCUUUGCAGAUGGACGUUGACGUGGAUGGAGGAAGAGGAGAUGAAGAAAUGAAUUACAGAUUGUACCGGCUUGUUCUACAGUCCGGCCUCACUGACUUCUCCUCCAGUGAAGAUGAGCUGGACAGAGCUGGACAGAGUGAAGCCGAACGGAGCCAAGAGAAAGGUCUGGAGGAGGAAGAUAAAGAGCAGAAGACAGAGCGACUAACUUAUACACUUUGUCAGCUGGAGAAAGAAGCCAAAGCCUCACAGUUCUCCUCUGCUGAAGAUGAGCUGGACAGAAUGGGUGUCGAAGACAAAGGAGAGGAAGAUGAUGGGAAGAAGGAAGAUCUGGCUGCUAAAUUAUGCAGAUUAGCUAAUGAAGUCGACACCACCCAGUUCUCAUCCACCGAGGACGAGCUGGACAAAGUGGGACGAGGAGAGGACGAAGAGGAGUCAAUGAGUGAAGAGAUGCCGUGGAAGCUGCAGCCGGACAAAACUCAGUUGUGUGACUUGGCCAGUUUGGUCAGCGCCUCUCAGUUCUCCUCCACUGAGGAUGAGCUGGACCGAGCAGGAGAGGACCGCAGGGAGGAGAAGAAGCUGUGGGAAGGAGCAGAAUCCAUCGGAGACAUAGACAUGAAAAUGUUUGAGUUGAGAGAGGACACCGAGGAACGAGAACAAAGAGCUUCGAAGAGUCUGACACAACGUGAGGAUGAUGAAACGGAUGUACAGAGAAGUAGAAAUCUCUUGGAGAAGAGAAUAAGACGGGAGGCUGCAACACACGAGGCGGAGGUUUUGGACAAAAAUGUGGAACUUUUGGAAGCUGAGAAAGAGUUGAGGACAAAACAAGAGAAUUAUCUGGAAGUGAAUAAAACAGACGAUGAACCAGGGGCAAACAGGACCAGUAAAAAUGAAGAACAGUUUCCAAAGGACGGAGAGAGGAAAUGGGGAACGGCAGCGAAAAGCGAUGAAGACGCAGAGUUUGAUCGAAUAAUUAGCAGCAUGUUGCUGUUGAGCUUGGAGGACAUGCAGGUGGAAACGCUGGACAAAGAUGGAGCGAACGGAAGAAAGAAUGAACUGGAGAGCGAUAAUGGAGGAGAGAGUGGAUUCAGAAAAAGGGCUUUCGAUGAAAAAAGUCAAGAAGCUUCAGAGAAACAUGUUUCAGAAGAGAGGUCAGAGUGUGCAGUGAAAGAAUAUGUCCAGGAGGAAACUGAAGGACAGCUUUCUACUAGAGACGAGACAAUUAGGAGUGAAAACGUGGAGGAAGGACAUUCAUAUUUAACUAAAGAACAACUUCCAGGUACCACAGUGAAACCUGCUCUUAUCGAGGCGGAGCAGCCAAGUCCAGACGAACAGAAACAGGAGGGACGAGGAAGCACAACAGAACGAGCAGCAGCAGAGACGAGGAAGGAUGUAUACGAAGACCAAACUCAAGACGAUACAGAGCAAAGCAGCUCCUCUGAUCGUCAGGGGGGGGUUCUGUCACCAGAGGAGAUCCAGAACAGAUACUCAGCAGCAUCUCUACGCAACAUCACCACCGAAAUGCUGAAGGUGCUGAACGCCACCGAGGACCUCAUGCAGGGAGUGAAGGGAGGAGACGACACCCGACGCUCCACCGUCUCGCUUCCACCGAACUCAGACCCCAAGAAACUGGAUCAGCAGCUCUGGAGACUGGAGGAAAACGUGUACGUAGCCGCUGGUUCUGUGUACAGUCUGGAGGCGGAGCUUAGUGACCUGGAGGAGUGCGCCAGAGGAAUCUGCAGCUCCACCUCCGACGUGAAGCUGUCCUUCCUGGAGGAGCAGGUCGCUGCAGCAGCUGCCAGGGUUCAGCAGUCUGAGCUGCAGAUCGGCAACAUCUCUUCAAGAAUCGCUGCUUUGAAGAGUGCCGGCCUCAACGUAGACCCCCAGUCACGCUUCACCAAGACCCCCGCAGAGCCGGCUGUAACCCUGGACUCCUCAAAACAUCUGAGGAGGAGAUUACCUGCUCCACCUGUGAAAGGAGACAAAGACGCCUGAACCACGAGUCUGAGGCAGAACCUCCAACCAUCACGGCAGUGCCUUCAGCCGGUUCUGAACGAUUAUUCACACA